AUGGAACGGACAGAUCAGAACAUUCGCAAUACUCAGAGGCGCAGAGCUGACAAAGGCAGGAGAAGUUGGAGUAAGCACGAGGAGGAAAUUCCUAUUGUUGCAUUGAAAGAGGUUGUUGCAAAUGGUACUGAUUUGAAAGGACUUCCCCACAUCAACUCCAAGAUCCAUGUCUGGAAGAAGGAUUACAGUAGCCUCCUGUCCAUGAUCUCUAGGACGGGCAUGGGAUGGAAUGACUCGACUAAAAUGGUUGAAGCAAGUGAUGAGGCAUGGGCAUCAUGCGUAAAGAGCUGGCCGUAUUAUCCCGAUUGGGUAAAUAUCUUUGGGAAAGACAGGGCAACUGGGGAGCAUGCGGAGGAUAUAGGUAAUGCUGCAAGUCAACCAUUUCAUGAUGCAACGGGUGUGUUACCUUAUUUUGUUGAAGCGGAAGCAGAAGCAGAUUUGGGUGGAGAUGAUCCUGACUGGAUGACGUCUGAAUCAGAAAGUCGUGCACAAGGUUCUACUUCUUCUAGGAAAAGUAAAGGAUCAAAAAGAAAGUCCACACAAGCAAAUGAAGAUAUGACCUCCGUGUUCCGCAACUUCUGCUCUGAGACUGGGGUACGUUUACGUGAGAUUGCGCAGAAAAUAGGUUACGAAUAUGAUGUCUCCGCUGCUCGGAAAGAGGUGUAUUAUGAAGUGGGGAAAAUCCUCGGCUUAAAUAUGCAAGAGAAGUUGGUGGUAUGUAGGUUGCUUGUCAGAAAUACUGAGGACUUGGAACUAUUCUUCAGCUUAUCGGACGAUGCAAAAGCAGAAUUUGCACGAAUGAAGCUAUCUGCCCUCUCAGAUACUCGUCUCCCACUCUCACGGAGGUAUCUGCACGACCGGCGGCAGGCGCUCGCUUCUUCACCAGACUCCAUUCAGUCUCUCCCACCUGCAAUUUGCGAAUAUCAUGAGUCCGAGCUUCCAAAGAAAUGUAUAAUCGAGACUAGAGAAGGAAGUGAGUAUGAAGUGAUGAUGAAAAUGGUGGAUAAUGACCCGACCUUGGUUGAUGGAUGGGAUACUUACAUUCAAGAAGAAUACAUUGAACUGCAUAACAUUAUGUUUUUCAAACGAAAGAGCAAGUUCCGUUUCAACGUUAUGGUGACGGACAAAACAGGGUUAGAGAGACCGCCAAUACACCACUUUUGUUUGGACAUAAAAAAAUCUCACAUUGAGCGGGCUCGCUUGCCAAUUCCAAUGCCGUUUUGGAGAGACCACAUCGAGGAUAACUAUGACAACUACACCACGGCGGUCCUCAUCUUCGAUAAUAAGGUUUAUGAAGUGGAUGCAAUUCAUGGCAAUGGGAAGAAAUUGUUGCAAUACCGUGGAGCUCGUAAGUUUGUGACUGACAGUGGUAUUGUCGUUGGUUCUUCAUGCAUGUUUACACACGUCGGACCUCACAACCAGGAUGAUGUGAUCACGUUCAGGGUUAAGAUUUAA